CUUGCGGUGGUUAGUUCUGUUGCGGGCUCUGAGAUGACAUUUGUUGACUCGCACAAAUCCAGACAAGCGAUUUAAUUAGUCAUUAAGUCCUGUCGCGUUUUACCGAAACGCGUUGUUGUAGCAGGCUGUGUCAGUGUUGUAAUUUUCGCUCCCCGUGUAUUGCUUUUGGUUCCUUCAGUCUCCGCCGCGCGUUUUGGGUUUCUCAACUGUCGCCCCCUUUGGAAGAAUGGGGCUCUUUAGGGUUUCGUUUUGCUCUCGGAUUUGACGUUCUGCAGACCAGUCGCACUACCAUCCAAAAACCGUUGCGGAGAGUGUGUGCGUUGGUGGGGGGCUUUUUCCUGCUUUUUAUUCGGACCAUCAAGGAGUAGAAUCUUGCAGCUGUCAUCCUUGGUUAAAGCAGCAGGACCAAGAUGGACGUCAACCUAGACGGAUUGUUCCGCCUCAACGCCACCUACGACUACGACGACGACUACGUGUAUCAAGACGACGAUUCCGAGUCCCGGGGGGGCAGGACGACAUGGAUUCCCCUGGUCUACUCGGCGGUGCUGAUCGUGGGCCUGCUGGGGAACGGGCUGCUGCUGGCGGCGCUGGCCCUGAAGAAGCGAGCGUGGAGGACGUCGGACACCUUCAUCCUUCACCUGAGCGUGGCCGACAUCCUGCUGCUGCUCACGCUGCCCCUGUGGGCAGCGCAGGCCACGCACGCUUGCGGAUGGUGUGUCGGGCUCGCCCUUUGCAGGAUCAGCGCUGUUAUUUUUAAGCUCAACUUCUUCUGCGGGAUCUUUCUCCUGGCCAUCAUCUGUGUGGACCGCUACCUGUGGCUGGUCCACGCCAAGCAGCUGUACUCCCACAAGAAGCCCAUGUUGGUUCACCUAAGCUGCGUGUUGGUGUGGCUAGUCUCCCUACUCCUCACCAUCCCCGAGUGGCUCUUCAUGGUGUUGGAACAGCAUCCUUGGAAGGAGGAGAGGACCCAGUGCGUCCUCAGCCUCUAUCUGGCGAACAUGCAGCUGUCCUCGCGCCUUUCCCACCACGUGCUUAGCACGGCGGCGGCCGUCGUCAUCGGCUUCUCGUGCGUGUCGCUCUGGCUCCGACGCCCCGCCAAUACAUUCCGCAAGAGGGCGGUGACCCUCAUCCUGAUCGGGGUCUUCUCGAUCUGCUGGAUUCCGUACAACGUCGCGCUCAUCGUCGACACAUUCGCCAGUGAGAAGACCCCGGACGGCUCCCGGAAAAUCUCGCUGGCAGCCACGGCGGCGCUGGGCUGCGUCCACGCCUGCCUUCGGCCGCUGCUCUACCUCGGCCUGAGCGGCGAGUUCAGGAAGUGGACACUGGCGACGCUGAGUUGCAAACGAGCAGAACCCAAGGGUUCGGUGUGGGAGCUGGGCGUAGGUGAUGACGCCCCGCUCGAGCAGAGUCCCGAGAUGGAGCAGCUCAACCGGAUCACCAGCGUGGAGCAGCAAUUGCAGUCAAAAAUUUCCGCGUAGCAGAUGUCAUGUAACUCAAUACAAAUCAGCCAUUUUAAGACUUUCUAGCAGAGGCCUAUGAUAAACCCAACUUGACUACAGCUGUACCUUGACUAUUGAGGGCCCCAAGUUACAAGUUUUCAAUGUGACCAAGUUUUAUUUAUUUUUUUGUGACUUACUCCAAUCCUUGCAACAUAGGUCGUUAACAUUAAUUGCUGCGCGCUUAAAGUCAGUGUCAUGUGCUUCAAAAGCAAACAAGGUCUGCUGACUUUUUAUGUCCUGGAGGACAUCAUUUAUUUAUAUAUGUUUUACAUUCAUAAAUACUGAAACAUGGAUCACCAGAGGAGUCCAGACUGUAAUAAUCUUUGGAAUGUGCUCGAGAAGUCAUCCAACAGUGUCCCAGUAAAGUUGUGAAUGAUAUUGUGCUAUAAUCACAGCGACGGGUAAUUUGACUCUCCAAUCGAGUGAGUGACUGUUUUAUGGCUUUCUAGUAGUUUUACUAGCGUAAUGUUAUUCUAUGUUAGAAAGAUAAGCUCCCGUGCUUAUCAGUGUUGUAGGAAUUUACAUUUAAAGAAUUUACCUGUAUGCUCACCACGUAGUUGCCGUUUAGAAGACACAAGUUAACUAAGUGCUGCUUGCAAUAAUUACUUUUCAUUUUUUGUUCACUGAGGUCUGGAGAGGUUAGCGUGACCUCAGGUGGAGCUGUGGCGGGAAACCCCCACGGCAGAGGAAAAGGGGGCCUAGACACCAAUCUCAUGGGAAAGACUAGACAACUUCUUUGUUAACAAUCCAGCUAAAGGACAUCAAACCACACUUCAUCAAGUUGACAAUAACAACUAAGUCAUCAGACGAUUUGCCUCUUUAAAGCAGCAGUGCCGUAAUGCAACUUGCGUGUUCUCGUGAACACAAAGGAAUUUGCUUUUGCGCAAAUCCUGCUGUGCUUUUUUUAUUUUUCAGUGUUACAACAAGUUUGCGGAGGGAAGACAGCAGGUCGACACAGAUACGCGGGUGGGCGGGCUGAUUCAUGGCUUGUGUCUCCGAGGCUAUUAAAAGCUCUCGCUGUCUGUUUUGGAGGGUUUGUCUCGCUCUCGCGCGGCCAACCUGACCAACCUGAUUUGUAAGUUGAGGUCGAGUCAAUGCAAUGACAACGUUCGUGAAUGACAAACAGGGCGGAGGAGCCUUUUUCUGUGUUGACAAAGCCUCCCGUGGGCGGUCUUCGUCAAAUGUUGUUUUGUUUUCUCUCAAUUCAAAAUGUUCUAAGAAAGUAUCAAGAGAAGGCCGUGCUCAAGCCAUUACCACAGAGUCUUGUCAGAUUGAUCACAGAUGUGCAUAGUUGGGUGAAGUUUGCAUGCCUGCACUCUUCUCCUUAUCAACUGAUUUUUUUUCUUUCUUGCAUUAACCGUACAUUGCACAAGAGUGCAAAGCUGCUUUUAUUUUUCCCUCGUUCAAUUCCUGUCACAAUCGCUCAAGGCUUUUUUUAAAGGUGUGCUUUCCUGCCAUCAAGUCAUUAAGAGUCUGCAUGCAGUAUUGGAACAA